AUGUGCACAGAGUCGUGUGGAAAGUCCCCCGCAACGCCGCGAGCACAGGCCAGGGAACCCUUCUGGAGGGACAUUGUACGCAUAGAUAGGCUCAUUUACGGGUACGAAAAAAAAUUACAAUAUUGUAGCUAUAAAAAAAGGCAGUGCUACAGGAUCCUGUCGCUCUGGACCGACUAUGACAGCUGGCUGAGUCAGACGUGCGAAAGGUAUGCGUGGAAAGUACGUGCGCUGCGGAGCGUGCAGACAGGCUCGAUGAGGAGUCCCACGCGUGGAGACAACAAAUGUAGUAGCCGCAUAAGUGACUGUGCCCCGAGGAGAACCCCAUGUGGGGCAUCAAGACACUACGGCCAUUUAGCCAAAUGGAGCUCCGUUCAUGCUACGGUACGGGAACCGUUGCGUAAAAAAAGGAAGGAAACAAAAUUACAGGGUGGGAAGCUACCGGGGGAGCAAACAGGGGUGAAAAUAAAAGGUCAGAGAAAACCUCGACUAAAGUGUUCACGCAGAAGGGGUCACCCCUUUAGACGCGGUAAUCCGAAGGUGGGGGAAGAUGCUGAGGGAGGAGAUCUAAAGCGGGGGCAUUCCCUCGAGGGGGCGCAGACAAGACACAGGGAGGCAUCGGGGGUGGAUCGGCAACAGGAAGAGAAGGACGUGGAGGAAGCGGCUGAAAAAAAUCGUAAAGACGGGACCGAAGACAAUCGAGAGGAGCUAUACGAGAAUAAAGGGGAACUUCCAGCUGAAGCGGACAGAAUGUGCAAGGAAACUGGGGGGAGGGAAGCAGACCGUUCGGAGGGGAUUCACCGAAGUGGAAAAAGUACAAUCGUUGAAAGGGAAGGUGCACAUGAAGCAGUAGAGGAAGGAAAAACAUUUUCAAGUCAAGAGGAAGAAAAGGAGGAAGAGACAGGACAUUGUCAGAUGGUGCACAAGUCUGUGGGUGAGAAAAAUAAGAACAGCUUAGAAAGGGUGCCAAGUGGUAUUGGGGGAUGUCCCCAUAAGAUGGGGGCAGAUGAGGAGAAGAAGAAGAAGAAGGAGGAGAGGAAGAAGAAGAAGAAGGAGGAGAGGAAGAAGGAAGAAAAGUGUAAGCAACAUAACCUAUUGGACAUUUCGGAGGAGGAUAAGCAACAUGACGUAUUGGACUUUUCUGAGGUGCUGGUGAGAGAAAUUACAUUGGAAGGAGGAGACAUACAAGUGAGUGGAAGCCCCGAGGGGGGGCAACAACUGACAGAGGUGAUGAAGGAGCCAGCAAAGGAGAAAAGAGCACGCGCAAAGGAGAAAAAGACGAAGAGUAAAAAGGUGGGGGAUAAGAUGGGAGAUACAAAGGAAAAAAUGGCGCGAAAGAGGGAGAGGAAAAAAGAUAAGGCAAAAGGGAUGGAAAAGGAGAAGCCUAAGCAGAAGAAGCCAAUGAUGGAGGAGGAGGAGGAGAAAGAAAAGGCAUCGGAGGAGAAUAUGGCGAAAGCAAAGGAGAAAAUGGACGAUGAAGGAAAAGGGGUAAAGAUGGAGGAUGCUAAAGAGGGAAAGAUGGAGAACGCAACGGAGGAGAAGUUGGAGGAAGUAAAGGACGCUAAGAUGGAGGAAAACAGGAAAGAGAAUAUUGGGGAUGAAGAAGACAAAGCGGCGAAUGAAGGAAAGGAAGACAGUAUAGAAGUCGAAAAGGAGACGACGCUGAAUGAAGGGAAGAAAGACAAUGUGGAAGGUAAAAAGGAGCAGAGGGAGGAGGAAGUUGAGGACUUGAAGGUAGAGAAAGAGACGGAAGAGGAGAUUGAAAGUAAACGGAAUGGGAAGUUGGACGUGGGGAAAGAGGCGACGAUGCAGGAAGAAGGGGAGAUGUAUAAGGAGGAAGAGACGCAGAUGAAGAUGGAGGAAGAGACGCAGAUGAAGAUGGAGCCAGAGAACACGACGAAGCUGUCGGAAGACUCAAGCAUCGGGAAAGUCACGAAGGAAAAGAUCGGCGAUGAAGGGGAGCAGAAAGUGGACGCGGAAAAGGAGCAGAAUAUUGGGGAUGGAAAAGGGGUGAACUCUGGCGAUGAGAAGGAGGAAAACCUUGGCGCCGAAAAACACGUCCCAAAAGCAUUCGCAAAGGGUGAACCACAAAGAAGCGACCACGAGAACGAGCCGGGUAAGACAGCGGAGAACGAAAUCGUCCAUCAUAUUCUAAGCGAGUAUUCCAACACAAUUCAGUACACGAGUUUUCUCGAUUACAUAAAAAAUAAGAAGUCCGAGUAG